AUGUCGCGCAAGCUUGGAGUCCAUGAUCUUACGGUGCAGGCAGGGCGCGGCGCGCUUUUGUCUCGAAGGGGAGUGGUCAGCGCUGCUCUGGGACAACAGCUCUUCCUCGACCGCCGAAGCAUCAUCUUCGUCGCUGAGAGUAAGUUCAGUGUCAGAGCUGCCGCCGAUGCACACGACUGGCCUCGUCGACUGGGGAGGUGCAGCUGAAGCAGAGGGCGUAGGAGAUGCUUGGCGCUCCGGCGACGAGGCGCCAUGCUGGGCAGCCACUGCUAGUUCGGCGAUGUGCUGA